UAUAUCAUGUUUGAAAAUGGUGGUUUAAGCAAAUUUAAAUGUGUUUUAAGAAAAUUAAGUUGAAAAUAUGAGACUGACUGCUCUCAAACUGCUAGCCACUAUACAUUUCGGCUUCAUGACCAGCAGUCCAUCUUUAACCAUGCUUCUCAGUAGCAUUUACACUUUCCUUUUGUGCUUUACUAAUUGUUUCUUUUUCAAAGUUUCUUGUUCAUCAUCUGAAUUCAGAUUAGAGGGAGAUUACUUAUUGGGUGGCCUUUUUGCUUUACAUGAAAUUGACCGUGUGACACCUGUUUUCACCCCGGAGACCACUGAAUGUGUCUGGCACAGUACCUCAAAAUCUGGAUAUCAAAUGUUGCAAGUAAUGAGGUUUGCUGUUGAGGAGAUUAAUAAUUCCACAACCCUUUUGCCCAAUGUUUCUCUGGGCUAUGAAAUUUUUGACCAUUGUUCUGACACAAGGAAUUUCCAUGCAGUCUUAAGUUUCAUCUCAAAGAAUGGCUCAAUGAAACCUAAAGAAAAACUCAACAACUAUCAGCCUAAAGUGAUUGCUUUAACAGGACCAUAUGGAAGCUUAAGAACUAUAACUGUUGCACCACUGAUCACAAUGGACCUUAUACCAAUGGUGAAUUAUGGAGCUUCUAGCUAUGUGUUCAGCGAUAAACUUCAGUAUCCUUCUUAUGUAAGAACAAUUUCUAGCAACAAAGACCUGAUAGAGAUGAUUAUUCACAUCAUACGUUGGUAUGGAUGGAAUUGGGUUGCCUUUCUUGGUAGCCAACAUGAUUUGGAUGGACUAAAUCUGUUUAACAAAUAUAUAAGAAAUACUGGCAUUUGUUUGGCUUAUCAAGAGGGUCUGAGCCUAAAUGCAAACUAUAGUCAAACGCUUAAAAAGAUUGAUGAGCUCAACAUCAAUGUCAUUGUAAUUUUUGCUUUGCCACAAUAUGCAACCAAAAUGAUCAAAGCAGCCAUAGCAAACAACAUCCAAGACAAAGUAUGGAUUGCAAGUCAACAUUGGGCUAUGAAUAAACAGCUUCCAACUGAGCCAGGAAUUGGGAAAAUUGGCACAAUCAUUGGCAUUACGGAGAAACUGUUGUCAUUUAAUGAAUUUGUCUAUAAAGCCAGAGGAACAACUGAUGUUGGCCAUAAUGAUAGAGCUGAGAGUGAAGUCCAGGGGAAAAAUAAGACAUGUAAUCAAGUUUGUGAUUACUGCUCAUUGUUGACUGCAGAGGAGAUUAUAAAUGAAAAUCCCACACUCUCCUUUUCCAUCUAUGCUGCUAUAUAUACCAUAGCUCAUGCAUUACAUAAAGUUCUGCAGUGCGACAUGAAUGAAUGCCACAAAAAUACAGUGGUCAAGCCAUACAUGCUUCUGGGAGAAAUAAAGAAGUUGGAUUUUCUACUCAAUGGCCGCCACAUUGAAUACGAUGACCAUUUUGAUCCAACGAUCAGUUUUGCAGUUGUGCUCUGGCGCACUGAUGUGAAUCCUCCACGGUUUGUGAUGGUGGGCUCAUAUGAGAAACAUCCAGAAAUUACUUUCACCAUAGACAACUCUCUCCUUCUCUGGCAUAACAAUGGUUCUGUUCCUUUCUCAAACUGCUCUGUUGAGUGUGAGGCGGGAUAUUCAAGGAAACCUGAAGGUUUUCAUAGUUGCUGCUUUUCAUGUGAAAAAUGCCCACCUAACACCUAUGUUGAUUUUUCUCGUAAGUACAUUAGGCAGCAGACAAUGAGACCUUGGAAUUUAAAGAGAUAG